CUCUCUCUCUCUCUCUCCCUUUCUCUCUCCUGUUUCGAUAUGUAUGGCGUUUAUCGAAUUUUGUUGGUUUUAGCAGCAAUUCAGGGCUUUGAAGGAAAUAACAUCAGGACCUGUGAAAUAUAUCAAGAAAAGAGCUUGUGAUAUACAAAGGAUUGCAUUUGAAGACUUCAAGAAAGGGGGGCUUCAAAUUGACCUUUCUUUAUAUAGGUCUUUAUCAGCUUCACUUUCUUCCGAUUUUAGGGUUUUCUAAUGCAAAGAGAGAGUGAAAAAAUGAUAAUCAUUGGCUUUUUUUGAAUUUUGUGGCUCAUCAACACUAAAAAAAAUAAAAUAAAAUAAGCUAGUCCGACCCUUUAAUCUAAUCUAGCAUAUACCGUAAUAAAUAAUAAAAAAAAAAAGUGUUUAGGUUGAGAAAAAAAUGUUACAGGGAUUGGGGCUUGAUGACAAUAUGUCGAAUUUAACUUCGGCCAUAUCCAAUGAAGCAAGCAUAUCAUCAAGUAACAACAUGAAUGAGAUGGCAAACAGUGCUAUUAAUGUUUAUCCACACCAAAAUCUGCACUCUUUUGCAUCACCAAUUAUUAGUAAUACUAAUAAUCAGUCCCAAACUGCUCCCACAAAGAAGAGGCGAAAUCUCCCCGGCCAUCCAGACCCGGAUGCUGAGGUGGUGGCGUUAACCCCGAGAUCCCUAAUGGCGACCAACAGAUUUGUGUGCGAAAUAUGCAAUAAAGGUUUCCAGAGGGACCAAAACCUGCAAUUACACAGAAGAGGUCACAACCUGCCCUGGAAGCUGAAGCAGAGGAACAAACACGAGGUGCCCAAGAAGAAAGUGUACGUCUGCCCGGAGCCGAGCUGUGUUCACCACGAGCCUGCCCGGGCAUUGGGGGACCUGACCGGGAUCAAAAAGCAUUAUUCAAGAAAACAUGGGGAGAAAAAGUGGAAAUGCGAAAAGUGUUCCAAGCGCUACGCCGUGCAAUCGGACUGGAAAGCCCAUUCCAAGAUCUGCGGCACCCGCGAGUACAGAUGUGAUUGCGGUACUCUCUUCUCCAGGCGGGACAGCUUCAUCACCCACAGGGCCUUCUGCGAUGCUCUGGCACAAGAGAGCUCAAAAUCAAUCCCCCAACCAAACCCACUUUUCCUGCCCAUCCAAACAGCUCCUAAUAACAACCCCACCACCCAAUUUCCCCACCAAAUCCACAGCUUAAACUUCAAUAAUCCUACUUUCCCUCAUCAUCACCAGCUCAAGCAAGAAAACCUAAUCAGCCUGCCCACGUGGCUGUCCUCCCCCAACGACUCCACGAGGGCAGAACCGUCAUUUCACCACAACACUCCAAACCCUAGCAUCAGUCCUUCUCUCAUGUCCGCAACCGCACUGCUUCAAAAGGCGGCCCAGAUGGGGGUAACGAUGAGCGGCGGCGCCGCCGGCAAGGCCGCCGCUGACCAGAAUCCGAUGGAGGAUCACGUGGGCGGUGCCACGUCAGCUUCCGGUGGUACAGCUGGCUUGGGAAGAUUCGUCCACGUCAGCCCGAGCUGCAUGCAGCAGAUUCAUAGUGCAGAAAUGGUGAGUUCGUCACUACCGUCUACCGGGUUUGGCGGGCCGGGUUUGGGCUUUGAGGACGGGUAUAGCGAGAUUUUGGAUGCGGAGAGGAGUACUAUGAGCGGUUUUCGUGAGAAUGCGAUCCGUUUGAUUAUGGGUUUGGGGAAGGAAGCCGGACCUGGCGGCGCCGCCGCCGGUGGUGGUGGUUCCGGCGGAGGAGCUGCCGGAGAUGGGCUGACGAGGGAUUUUCUGGGGCUGAGGGGGUUUCCGGAUGAUAGGGAUUUUCUGAAUAUGGCUGGGCUUGAGCAGAUGGGAUCUGGGCCGUACGAUCAACAUCAUCAUAAUCAUCAGGUUAAUAAUCAGAAUCACGGGCCAUGGCAGAGUUGAUUAUUAACUAGCUUAAGCAUGAUAUGAAAUGCUUGGUGCAAUGUUUUUUUUUUGUUAUUUAUUAUUUUGUUUUGCUUGUAUUUUGAUGACCU